CGGUUACCAUAGCAACCUCAAGGAUACUUCCGUAUAUCAAGAGCCAGUUUUUCCACGUAAAGUUUCACAGCGUUUUAAACGUUAGAGGGACGAAAAGUCAUUUUACAACGCUAUAUAUAAAUACAAAUAGGUAUAUACAAAAUAAAAAUAUAAAUACAUUUAAUAAUGAGUUCCUCGGAGGUGGAGGUGGGAAACAGAGCAGCUGGAGGUUGUUUACUGGGGAACUGGGUGGAGGAGAGGGCCACUGCAUCACUGGACAAUACUGGACCAACAUCUGUCAUCCAUAAAACUGGACACAGGGGCAUCCUCACAGUGGACUCUAAAUUGCAUGGCGUCAGUACACUGAAAUCUGCUUUCACCAGCCCUAAGGGCACACAGGUACGACAGAAAGGAUUACGAACUGAGCUGCUGGAGAAGCACCUCAUCAAAAGCAUAAGUGAGCAGGUACAUGCAGAGCUCACACCUCAGCUUCCAGCCCCUGAACUGUACUCCGUAACCAGAACUGAUUACACAGUGGAAGGCUUCCGGUGUGACCGACCGACCCCAUCCACAGAUCAUGACUACAGGGUCGACGAGGCCAUCACAUUUUGGAGGGAAAACUUUAACAAGAUUCAGGGUGUGACAGCAGUGAGAAAUAGAGAUGGUCCUUUUAAGAAGAACGCCAAUUUCUCCACACCAAUCAAUGAGUGCUUGGACCCCAAUCCUGAGAACUAUAUUGAUUUAGAAGAAGUGUAAUUUCAUGCUGUUAGUACGAGCAAUUUUCUUUCCAAAAGGGAAUCGGAAAAUAAAUAGCAGUUUUAUAAACUCACUCUAACCUCUUUUUUUUGUUUUGUUUUUGUUUCCUAAUAUACGGAUGUUCAAGAAUCAUUACAAAACAUGAUCAUUAUGUACCGCAGGCCUUAGUUCUCAUCGAAGUCUAAAACCAAACCGUCAAAGGCCGUAUUGUUCUUUUUCAUGUUUUCCGUUUAUACCGAAUACUUUUCCAACAACACUUAUCAUGUGGCAAAUAAACUCAGUAAGCUCCUUCCUG